AUGAAGAGGGAAAUUGAUACCCGUCUUGCGCCGACUCAUCAAACCACCAAUGGCAUGCAUGCAUAUCCAACGAAUGCCGUCCACUGGGGUCCACCAUGGACACGUUUGAUUGACCUCUCAAGUCAACCAAGAAAAACAAAGAAAAAGGAGAAGACAGGACACAGUGGCUUCACCUUGAAGCCUCAAGGGUCGCGUCCUCUUCUCCAUCAUUCAUAUCACAAAGCACAAGGUCACACCACAACAACUUUUGUUAGUCAUCACCAAGCGAUGAGAGUUCCCGUUCCAUCGUCCCCACAGGCUAAUCCUAAACCAACUAAUAACGUAGUCCGUACCAUUGCCCUUCCCAACCUCAACACCACGGGCCUGUGCUACGAGCCCACCUCCGUCCUCGACCUCUGCCGCAGCCCCAGCCCGGGCUCCGAAAAGCCCAUCGACAACACAGUUGUCGUGACCAACUCCCAAGAUUGUCUCGACCUGGACGACCAUGCGUUACACAAUUUGGAUUGGGACUCCAUCAUGAAGGACUUGGGCUUACACGACGACUCAGGUGCUCCCGUUUUGAAGACUAUUUCCCACCCUGACAACAACGACAAUAACAACCCAUGCGACGACUUCACCAUCGCACCUUUCGACCACGCGCUUGAAUUCACCACUCUCUCCGACAUCUACUCCAACCAGAACCUCGGGUUCGAUUUUAACCACUUGGUUCACGACUUCAGCCACCACCAUCACCACAACAACAACAACGGCUUCGAUUUCAUCGAAGAGCUCAUCCGCGCCGCGGAUUGCUUCGACACCAAGCAGUUACACGUGGCGCAAGUGAUAUUGGAGCGGCUCAACCAACGGCUACGAUCCCCCGUGGGAAGACCUCUCCAACGCGCAGCAUUUUACUUCAAAGAAGCUCUCCAGUCUCUUCUCUCCGGUUCGAACCGGACGCCGAGAAUUUCCUCCCUGGUAGAAAUCGUGCACGGCAUCAGAACCUUCAAAGCCUUCUCCGGAAUCUCACCGAUCCCAAUGUUCUCGAUCUUCACCACCAAUCAGGUGGUUCUCGAUCACGCUGCGUGCUCCUUCAUGCACGUCAUCGACUUCGACAUCGGCCUCGGGAUUCAGUACGCUUCUCUCAUGAAGGAGAUAGCGGAGAAGGCCACGGACUCGCCGCUUCUCCGAAUCACCGCCGUCGUUCCCGAAGAGUACGCCGUCGAGAGCACACUCGUCCGCGACAACCUCGCUCAGUUCGCUCUUGAACUUAUGAUCCGCGUCCAGGUCGAUUUCGUGCCGCUUCGAACCUUCGAGACGCUCUCCUUCAAGGCCGUGAAGCUCGUCGACGGCGAGAGCACAACUGUGCUCCUCUCGCCGGCGAUUUUCCGCCACUUCGGAAAUUCCACCGCGUUCUUGGCGGAGGUGCGGAGGGUUUCUCCCAGUGUGGUGGUUUUCGUGGAUGGCGAGGGAUGGGAGGAGACGGCCACGGCGUCAGUGGCGUCGUUCCGGCGCGGCGUUGUGAGCAGUUUGGAGUACUACUCGAUGAUGCUGGAGUCGCUGGACGCGUCGACGGCAGGGGGAGGAGGGGAGUGGGUGAGGAGAAUCGAGAUGAUGCAGCUACGACCGAGGAUUUUGGCGGCUGUGGAGAGUGCGUGGCGGAGAAUUCCGCCGUGGAGGGAGGCGUUUUACGGCGCAGGAAUGAGGCCGGUUCAGUUGAGCCAGUUCGCGGAUUUUCAAGCGGAGUUCUUGUUGGCCAAGUCGCAAAUCAGAGGCUUCCACGUGGAAAAACGUCAGAACGAACUGGUACUCUUCUGGCAUGACCGGCCCAUGGUUGCCACGUCAGCUUGGCGCUUUUAG